CUCCAAACCACAACUCUCGACCUCCAUAAUACUCACUCCUCCGAUCCCUAAUUCCUAUCUACUAUCGAAGAUCAACACGGCCUUGCUGGAAAUUAGCAAAAAUGGCUGGAGAUCCGAGAGCGCUGCUCCGACAGGCAGAAAGCAGCCUGCAGAAGGCUUCGGGCGGAUUCAGCCUUUUCGGUGGCCGUCAAGAGAAAUAUGAGGCAGCAGCAGACCAGUUCAUUGCCGCUGCAAAUGCGUUCCGAAUGCAGAAGAUGGGCAAAGAGGCCGGCGAAGCUUUCGAGCGAGCAGCAGCAGUGCAACGACAGCAGUUGAACGAGCCGGACGAUGAAGCGAACACCCUAACAGAAGCCUUCAAGGCGUACCGAAAGGACGACCCAGAAGCCGCAGCGCGAUGUCUGGACAAAGCCAUCGCGCACUACUGCAGCAAAGGCAACUUCCGCCGCGCAGCAACGCACAAGCAGAACCUCGGCGAGCUGUUCGAGGUCGAGCUUGGCGACAACGGCCGGGCGGCCGCUGCGUACGAGGAGGCUGCUGGAUGGUAUGAGAGCGAUAACGCCGAAGCCCUGGCCAACAAACUCUGGCUCAAAACCGCCGACCUCAUCGCUCUCGAAGGCAAAGACUACUACAAAGCCAUCGAGCUCUACGAGAAAGUAUCAAAGUCAUCCAUCAACAACAACCUCAUGCGUUGGUCCGUUAAAGAGUACUUGCUCAAAGCGGGCAUCUGCCAGCUGUGCACCGGCGACCAGGUCGGCGUCAAUACCGCCCUGGACCGCUACCGCGAUUUGGAUCCGAGCUUUACCCAGCAGCGCGAGCACCAGUUGUUGACGGAUCUGGCACAAGCGGUGCAGGACGGUGAUCAGGAGGUGUUCUCGGAGAAGUUGUUCCAGUACGAUCAGUUGAGUAAGCUGGACAAGUGGAAGACGACGUUGCUGCUGCGGGUCAAGAGCACGAUUGAGAAACAGGAAGAGGAUUUCUCUUAGUUCCGCCUUGGAGGUUGUGGAUCUGCAACGGUGCUAUGAUGAUGUCGGACGUUGGCAUAUAGUUGACACCACUAUCCGUGGAUAGGCGUUAGUGCAGGUAGACUUCAAUCACUGGGUUCAUGAUGUACGAG